GACGGACACGGGUCGCUACAACACGGAGCUCCGUUUAUUUCCCGGGCCUCUCCUGGUCUAGGAGUGCGUCCAUGAUCUUUCCUGUUCUGCGUUCAGUCUCGAUGUGAGCCCUCUCUUGGAUAGACACUGCUGAAUCUGUAAGAGAUGCCACUGCCACCACCAUCCCGAAGCUCCAAACCUGAGAUGAAGAAAUCUCAGUCCAGCAAAGUUGUGCCCAGUGAUCAUGGCCAAUCUGAAAAGAGUGGGGAGAAUUACCAAGCAAAGAGAUCUUCAUCUUCACCUAAGAGACCACGCAAAAAGAGAUCAGCUUUUGAAGAUCUCACCAAUGCUUCUCAAAUUCAACCUGCCCAGCUCAAGAAGGAAGCCAGUAAGGAGUUUGUUAAAGAUGUUUACAAGAAGAUAAAAGGGAACACACCUGCUCUUGGGCUGGCCAAAAACAGUGAGAUGAAUAUGGAAAGUUAUAAGCUGGAACCUUCGCCAGUAGUAGUCUCUACUUCCUUGGUACCAAACGUGGAGAUAUCUACCAUAUCCAAAGCAACCACUACUGAAGAGGCAUCAUUUUUCAAAAAGCCAAUAAUUUUAGAAGAGGAACCCACUACUGAGGACACAACCCUCAUCCAGAGGUCAUUAUCUUUAAAGAAGUCCAAAAAUCAGGGGGAGGUAUCCCUCGUGGAGAAGCCACCAUCCUUACAGGAGGAGGCUGAUAGUGAUGAUGAAUUUGCUAUAGAGCUAAUGACUUUUGGGAAGAAGAAUAAAACUGAGGAGGAAGCCAUCACCAAAGGAACAUUAUCCUUAAAGAAGAUGUGCACAUAUCAGGGGGAUUUGGCUUUGCAGGACAUCAGUGUUGAAGAGGAUUCCUUCUUUAUGGAGCCAAUGAACUUUAGAAAGAAGCCUAAAACAGAGGAGGCAACCCCCACCAAGAAGGUGUCAUCUUUAAGGAAGAAGUAUACCAUGCAGGGGAAGAUGUCCCAUAUGAAGAAACCACUAAUAUUGCAGAAGACCACCUCGGAAGAGGAGUCACUUAUUAAGGAGCCACUGGCUUUCAAGAAGAAACAUGCUGUCAAGGAUGCAGUCCUCACCUUGAGUCCAUUAUCUUUAAGGAAGAAGUGUACUACACUGGAGAAGAUGACUCACUCAAAAAAGCCAUUAGAAUUGCAGAGUACCACCUCUGAAGAGAAGGCACUCAUUAAGGAGCCAUUGUAUUUUAAAGAGAAGCCUACCACUAAGGAGGAGUCUAUCUUCCAGGAGCCCUCUGUAUUGCAAGAGAAGCACACCACUGAUGAUGAUGAGGUUCUCUUGAAGCCACAGACAUUGCAGGAGAACAAAGACAGUAAGGAUACACUUCAUAUAAAGCCAAUGUCCCUUAGGAAGAAACGUACUACCGAGGAGGCAAACUCCACCAAGAAGCCGUUACCUGUAAAGAAGAAGUGUACUAUUCAGAGGAAGAUGUACCACUUGAGGAAGCCACUAAAAUUGCAAAAGACCACCUCUGGAGAAAAGUCACUCAUUAAAGAGCCACUGUCCUUCAAGAAGAAGCCUACUACCAAUGGGUCCCUUUUCCAAGAGCCAUCCAUGUUACAAGAGCAGCACACCACUCAGGAUGAGAUGUCCGUCUUGAAGAAGCCAUUGACCUUGCAAAAGACUCCAACUGAGGAGGAGUCACUUUUAAAGGAGCCUUUGGCUCUUAAGAAGAAAUGUACCAUCGAGAAUGCAACCCCCACCAAGAAGCUAUUAUCUUUAAAGAAGAAAAUGUGUACUACUCAGGGUAAGAUGUCCUGCUUGAAGAAGCCACUAGUAUUGCAAACCACCUCUGGAGAGAAGUCACUCAUUAAGGAGCCAUUGUCCUUUAAAAAGAAGCCUACCACCAAGGAGGAGUCUCUCUUCAAAGAAUCAUCUAUACUGCAAGAAAAGCACACCACUCAGGGGGAGGGGGCUCUUUUGAAGAAGCCAUUGCAGGAGAAUAUUGAUAGUGAAGAUGAAUUUCUUAUGGAAUCAGUUUCCUUUAGGAAGAAACCUAGCACAAAUGUAGUCUCAAUCAAGGAGCCUUUAUCUUUAAAGAAGAAAAAGUGUGCCACUCAAAUAAUGAUGUCCAUCUGCAAAGAGCUAUUGGACGUGCCAAAUAUGAUUGGCAAAGAUAAAGAUUCCUUCUGUAUGGAGCCAAUGUCACUUAGGAAGAAGUCUUCAACUGAGGAGGCAGUCUUUAGCAAGACACCUUUUUCUUUAAAGAAAAAGCAAAUCACUCAGGGGAAGGCAUUUCUUGUAAAGAAGCCACCAGUCUCAGAGAAGACCACCUCUGAAGAAGCGUCAUCCUUUAAAAAUCUAUUGACCUUUCAUAGAAAGCCUAUAACUGAAGAGGAGUUCCUCUUCCAGGAUCCAUCUGCACUGAAAGAGAAGCACAGCACUCUGCAGGAUGUGUCCCUCUCAACUAAUCCAUUGGCCUUGGCAGAAAAGACCACCACUGAAGAAGAAUCCUAUAGUAAAGAACCAUUGGCCUUAGAAGAGAAGCCUACAACUGAGGGGGAAUUCCUCUCUCAGAAGCCAUUUUCAUUGCAUGUUAAACCUACCAACAAAGAUGAGUCCCUCUUCUGGAAGGCUUUGGGCUUGCAGAAGAAGACUGAUACCAAAGAGUACUCUUUGAAGAAGCUGUUGGCUUUGCAGGAGAAAAGCACUACUGGAGACGAAUCCCUUUUAAAUAAACCAUUGAUUCUGAAGAAGGGGCUCUCUGCUGAGGUGGCAACAACAAGCAUUGUGAAGCAAUUAUCUUUAAAGAAGAAACCUACUGCUCAGGGGGAGGUGUUUCUCUUGAAGAAGCAGUUGGCCUUGAAAGAUAAUAUCACCCAUGAAGAGUCCCUUAUUAAUCAGCCACUGGCUUUUCAGAAGCCCAGCAUGGAGGAGACCAUCCUAAGGGAGUCCUUGGCCUUGCAGGAGAAUCCCACAAUUGAGGAAGAAGCUAUCCUGAGGGAGCCCUUGGCCUUGCAGGAGAGGCCUACCCUCAAUGAGACAUUCCAUUUCAAGGAGAUAUGUGCCUUAAAUGAGAAACCCACCACUGAUAAGGAGUUGUCCCUGAAGGAGCCGUUGGCCUUGCAAGAGAAUUCCACCCACAAGGAAGAUAACUUUCUCAAAGAUUUCUUGAUCCUCCAAGUUGAAACCAGCUCACAUGUGUCCAACACUGCCCCUGAAUCCAGAACAGGCAUGUCCAGCACUGCUACCAUGUUCAGUGUGGCCAAGUUCAGUACCACAAGCAAGUCAAGUGCUUGUGAAUACAGUUCCAAUAGACCUUCCUCACCUUGGAGCAAGAGUUCACAAGAGGAGAUGACCCCAUUGGCAGAUAUUGACAAGAACCACAAUGAUCCAUUUUUCAACUCAAUAUAUGCCAAGGAUAUCUUCAGUUACAUGAAGGAGAGAGAGGACAAGUUCAUACUUACAAAAUACAUGCACAGGCAGACUGACAUCAGCAGUUGCAUGAGGGCCAUUCUUGUGGACUGGUUGGUAGAGGUUCAGAUGACCUUUGAGAUGAGUCACGAGACCCUGUACUUGGCAGUGAAACUGGUGGAUCACUACCUUAUGGAGGUAAUGUGCAAGAGGGACAAGCUCCAACUUGUUGGUUCCACUGCGUUUCUGAUUGCAGCAAAAUUUGAGGAAUCUUGCCCACCUUGUGUGGAUGACUUUCUGUACAUCUGUGAUGAUAUUUAUCAGCGAGAUGAGAUGCUCACCAUGGAAAUCAGCAUCCUGCAGACACUCAGAUUUGAUAUCAACAUUCCCAUUGCCUAUCAUUUUCUGCGAAGAUAUGCUAGGUGCCUGCAUGCCAGCAUGAAGACGCUGACAUUGUCCCGCUUCAUCUGUGAGAUGACUCUGCAGGAAUAUGACUAUAUCCAGGAGAGGGCUUCCAAGCUAGCCGCUGGCUCCUUCUUGCUGGCCCUCUACAUGAAGAAGCUUGGACAUUGGGCUCCUGCCCUGGAGUAUUGCAGUGGCUACAAGACCUCUGAUCUUCACCCCUUGGUCAAGCAGCUAAACAUCCUGCUGACUUUGCGUCCUUCCAGUAGGCUCAAGACUGUAUAUUCCAAGUAUUCUCACCGGGUCUUCUUUGAAGUCACUAAAAUCCCCCCUUUGGACACAUUGAACCUGGAGGAGAUUUUGAACUGCUAAUUCUGAGGCUGAGGAUCUGGCACUCUGGCAGCAGCCACCAGAGCCAGGCAGGCAUUUAAAUAUGCUGUUAUUUAUUCUAUCUUGGAAUUAGUCUUUUGUUCACUUUUCUCUUUAUUCUUUUG